CAGAGCUAUCUUGCCCCAUGAAGCUACCCCAGUCCCCCCGCAUGUGGUUUGGUAUCUGGGCGAAUUUUCCCUGCAGACCUGAGUAUAUAGAUUGACAGUCGCGUCCCGGAGAAAGUUCUCCCCAUCUUCAUUUCUUUGGAAGUAUUGCCAUCCUUUCUACGUGUUGAAGCACAAACCGCGAAGAUGGUUCUCAAUCCAAAGGUGUACCAGUUCCUUGUGGGCGUUUUCGCCUCCAUGGGGUCCAUCCUCUUCGGAUACGAUCUUGGUGUUAUUGCUGAAGUUAUAGCGUCGAGCUCAUUCAUCAGUUUCUUCAACAAUCCAACUAGUACUCAGACAGGCAUCGUGGUAUCAUUCUUCACAGGCGGUGCUUUCUGCGGAGCUGGACUGGCAGGACCCAGCGGUGAUAGACUGGGACGAAGAUGGACCAUCGUUAUCGGCUCGGUCGUCUACCUUCUCGGAGGUGCUCUUCAAACUGGUGCCGCCAAUCUAAACAUGCUAUGGGCAGGUCGUUGGCUAGCAGGAGUCGGAGUCGGAUUCCUCGUUAUGAUCAUUCCUCUAUAUCAAUCCGAGAUUGCACAUCCUUCUAUCAGAGGCACAAUCACGUCACUGCAGCAGUUUAUGUUGGGUAUUGGUGCUUUUGUAGCUGGAUGGAUCUCUUAUGGAACCUUCGUUGGACUCACAGAUCAAGCUCAAUGGCGUCUACCUCUUGGUCUUCAGAUGCUUCCCGCUGUUGUACUUGGUGCAUUGAUCAUGAUGUUCCCAGAAAGUCCACGAUGGCUCAUUGAUCACGGUCGCCCGGAUGAAGGUCUUCAGACACUGGCACGCCUUCACUCCAACGGCAACGAAAAUGAUCCUUGGGUGCGAGCCGAGUUCGACCAGAUUCAAGAAAGUAUCACGCACGAACAUGAGCACGAAGCCAAAUCAUACAUCGAGCUAUUUACCAAUCGAUCUUCGUUCCGUCGUGUUUUCAUCGCCUGCGCCCUCCAAGCUUCCAUCCAGAUGACGGGUGUUUCUGCAAUUCAGUACUACAGUGUCACCAUCUACGGCGCUAUUGGUAUCAAGGGUUCUGAUGCUCUCAAGUACCAGGCUAUCAACAACAUCAUUGCUUUGGUCGGAGAAGCUUGCUGCGUAUUGUUCGUUGAUAAACUUGGAAGAAGAAGACCUCUUAUUUUCGGCAACUUGGCCAACAUGAUCUGCUUCCUCAUCGCUUGCAUUUUGAUUGCAAAAUUCCCUCCUGGAUCGUUGAACAACCACGCCGCUGGUUGGGGUUUUAUCAUCAUGACCUGGCUCUACAACUUCUCUUUCUCCGCAACUUGUGGACCCCUCUCCUGGGUCAUUCCCGCUGAGAUCUUCGAUACUCGAACCCGGUCUAAGGGUGUCUCUAUUGCUACCAUGGUCUCAUUUGCCUUCAACACUCUUAUUGGUCAAGUAACUGGCACCGCCAUGACGAAUAUCGGGUACAGGUAUUAUUUUGUGUUCAUUAUCUGCAACUUCACCAACGCCAUAUUCUUCUACUUGUUCCUACCGGAGACCAAGAAUUUGCCACUUGAGGAGAUGAAUUACUUGUUCACCAAUGCGCCAUUCUUGGUUGCUGGUCACGAUAAGAACAAAUAUAAGGCCGGAUACGCAGAGGAUCUUGAGAGGAGAGCCUUGGAGAUUCAUGAUAAGAAUGCUGCUGUUGGAACCCACGAAGAAAAUAUCGAAGAGCCAAAAAACUAAAUGGUUUCGAGAUAAGAAUGAAAGAGGCCAUUUUUGAGCAGGAGGAGAGUGUCGUAGCUUGGAAUUUAUCAGUGAGAAUGGAAACUAAUUUGUUGACAUAAGAUCUAUUUCCUUCAAUCUGAAACACCAAUAUAAAUGAUAUACCAAG